AUGUCCGACAAGUCAAAAGCCGAGAACCGCAUCGAAGCUCUCACCUCCCAACUCCUCCCUCCCAUCGCCAAAGUCGCCGCCGGCUCCAGCAAGCCCCGAGUCCAAGACAAAGUCGUCAUCAUCACCGGCGCAAACUCUCCCCUUGGCAUCGGCAGGGCCACCGCUCAUCAGUACGCCGAGAGCGGUGCCCGGGCCAUCUACAUCUGUGACUUUGACGGCUCAAACCUCGAGGCUCACAAGAAGGAGAUCAACCAGCUGCACCCCAAUGUCGAGAUUCACACGCGCCAGUUCGACGCCUCGGAUGAGGCCAAGGUCAAGGCCGUCGUGGACGACGCAAUGGAGCGGUACGGCCGCCUCGACGUCUUCUUCGCCAAUGCCGGCAUCACAGGCCCAAACGUCGUCUUCACUGACAUUAGCGUUGAGGACUUCAUGAACGUAUACAAGGUCAACACUCUGAGCGCUUUCCUUGCUGCCAAAUACGCCGCGCCAGCCAUGACAAAAACGUCGCCCCAAAAGCCAGUCCCCGGCGGAAGCAUCAUCGGCGUCGCCUCCGUGGCCGGCCUCCGCUCCAACGCCGGCAGCACGCCCUACUCGGCCGCCAAAGCCGGCGUCGUCUCUCUCGCCCAGACAAUGUCCUACCAGCUUGCGGGCUCUGGCGUCCGCGUCAACGCCGUCUGCCCCGGCAUCAUCGAGACGGGCAUGACGGCGCCGGUGUACGAGGCUGCGCGCGCCCGGGGCACCGAGAAGAAGAUUGGCCAGCUGAACCCGACGAAGCGCGGUGGGCGUGCGGAUGAGGUUGCGCGCGUCGUCUUGUUCCUGGGCAGUGACGAGGCCAGCUACGUGAAUGGACAGGCCUGGGCUGUGGAUGGAGGAUUGAGUGCUGGACAUCCCUUUGUCCCAGGCAGGCUGGGCUAA